AUGUCCUCAACCUCCUCCCUGCAGACAGUCGGAGAGGGGGCCACUUGUCCUGCUUGUGCAGGACCUCUGAAGGAUGCAGUGACUGCUGUCUGUGAACACACCUUCUGCCUGUGCUGCCUCUCCCAGCCCUCCCAGAUGGGGGCUUCCCACUCCAGCAGGAUCCUGCUCUGCCCCCUCUGCCAACAGAAGGAGCAGCCAGAGAAACCAAUGGUCCCUUAUCCUCUUGGCCCUCUCGGGGAGACCUGCUGCGAGGAACAUGGUGAGAAGAUUUAUUUCUUCUGUGAGAAUGAUGCAGAGUUCCUCUGUGUGUUCUGCAGGGAGGGUCCCUCCCACCAGGCCCACAGAGUGGGCUUCCUGGAUGAAGCCAUUCAACCCUACCGGGAACGUCUCAUGAGUCGGUUGAAAACGCUGAACAAGGAGAGAGAUGAGGUUGAGUCCAUAAAGUGUCGGGAAGACCAGAAGCUCCAAGUGCUUCUGUCUCAGAUUGAAAGCAAAAAGCAUCAGGUGGAAGAGGCUUUUGAGUCGCUGCAACAGAAACUGGGAAAACAACAGCAACGUCUGCUGGCCGUGUUGAGGGAUUUGGAACAACAGAUCUGGAAGGAGCGGGAUGAGUAUAUCACAAAGGUCUCAGAGGAGGUGACUCGACUUGGAGCCCAAGUCAAGGAGCUGGAGGAAAAAUGUCAGCAAUCAGCAAAUGAGCUCUUGAAAGAUGUCAGAUUCAACCAGAGCAGGUAUGAGAGUAAGACUUUUGUGAGUCCGGAGUCCAUUUCUUCCGACCUUGUCUACAAGAUUCGCAGUAUCCACCAGAAAACACUCCCUCUCCCAGAGAUGAUGAGAAAGUUCUCAGAAAGCUUGGUGCUUCACCUGGAAACAGAUUCAGGGGGCGUCACCCUGGACCCUCAGACCGCCAGCAGGAAUCUGGUCCUCUCUGAGGACAGGAAGGCAGUGAGGUACACCAGGCAGACGCAGAACCUGCCCGACAGCCCCCUGCGCUUCGAGGGGCUCCCGGUGGUGCUGGGUUCCCAGGGAUUCUCCUCGGGUCGCCACCUCUGGCAGGUGGAGGUGCAGCUGGGGGAAGGCGGCAGCUGCACCGUGGGGGUGGCUCAGGAGGCAGUGAGGAGGAAGGGGGACAUGGGCCUGAGCACCGAGGAGGGUGUCUGGACCGUGAUCCUUUCGCACCAGCAGUGCUGGGCCAGCACCUCCCCAGGCACCGAGCUGACUCUAGAUGCCAUCCCGCGCCGCGUGGGCGUGUCUCUGGACUACGAGGCUGGCCUGGUGACCCUCCUCAACGCCGACUCUCAGACACCUAUCUUCACUUUCACCACCUCUUUCUCUGGCAAAGUCUUUCCUUUCUUUGCCGUCUGGAAAACAGGUUCUAGCCUUACUUUGAAAGGGUCCAAUGGGUGGUAUAGCGGAGAAAGCAGUGCCCUGGAAUCCAGCUCUGCUCCUGGCCAGCUGUGUGACCUUGCGCGACUCAUUGUCCCCAAGUGA